ACAGAUCAGCUGAGUGGCGGUUAGUUCUUCGGCAACCGUCGAGGAAAACAGUACAGAGUGUAUUUCUCUUCAUAUUCCUGUCUUUUUUUGACCAUCUGGACCUAAACAAAGAUGGCAAACGGGCACAUUGAGAUCCAGGACCCCAUCUCCAACCAGGACCCGACCAGCCAUACAGACUGUAAAUCUACAUCAGACGCAGACAGCAUGGACGACUCGGUGGAGUACAGAGUCAUGAUGGCGUACGCACAGAGGAGACGAAGGAAAACCAGCACUGAAUCACCCAAACUGGUCGCACAAAACGGUGGCUUAGAUUCAAAUGGAACGUCUUCACCUCAGACGCCGGCCAAGGCUGAAAAUGAAGCAUCGGAGAAGAAGGAGGAGGAGGAGGAGAAGGAAGAGAAGAAGAAGGGAGGGAAGAAGAUAUGGAAACGUCUGCCAAAGAUUUUCAGAUGCAUCAAACCUCAGACAACAGAUGAGGAACCACAGAAACCACAGAAAACACCUGAGAGUCCAGAUGAUGUAUUGGUCAGAUGUGUUGAUUUUCCGGAAGAUGACGUAAAAGAAGAUGAUCAGUUUGAUCAGGUAGCGAGCAGACUGACGGAGAUCGCAGAUGAAAUCCCGUUCACUCCUCCAGAGGUGGAGUCAGACGCUCCAGACGACGAGGUGGAGAAAGUGAUCGGCCUGCUGCUGAGGGAGAGUGGAGACAGACUGAACGAGAGAGAGCUGAAAAACGCAUCUAUCGCCGCGGAGCUUUUUAGGGAUUACCGUUUCUUUGACACGUUAAUAACGACGCUCCUCAGGAGGAUGGGCCUCUGGACCCCUGACCCCGACGCUCCGGGGCCACAAACGUCCCCCAAGACCCAGAUCGCCGUGACCUGUGAGGUCACCAGUCGUCUGUCUGCGGUCGACACGCUGCCGAUGAACCGACUGCUCGGUUUCGGAGCCACAUAUCUGCAGAAUCAUUACUCAUCCUGGGCAGAGCAGCAGGGGGGAUACGAAGCAGCCUUUGACAGUGAGGAAGAGGAUGAUGUUCAGUGAUCAGCUCCACAUCGCUCUCUGCUGUGAAACCCGCCACGCUGCACCCUCAGGAUCUGCUGACUCAUAUGAGCCACUUCUUUGUGUUUGACUUGAAGCGGAAACGACUCAAAUAUGCACGACUGUCAUCUUGAUAAACAUCAUUCUGGAGGCGUUUGACUGCUCUCUCUGGUACGAGGAAGGAAACGAGACUCAGGACGCUGAUUGUCUAUUUCUGCCAAAUCCAGUUUACAUGCAAAUAAAGAAACCCAACCGGACAAGCAUUACAUCUACAAAUCAACACAUUUACAGAUCAGUGUGUAUAUACAGAUCAGUGCAUUAUAUAAAAAAAAACAACAUUAAAUCAUGUUUUAUCUUUA